AAUUUUUUAAAAAAAGAUUCCCUUUUUCCUCUUCUUUCCCUAAUAUAAAAAAAUAAAAAUGUAUAUUUCUAGUCUGUUCGCAGUUGCUAUUCUAUCAAGUGCAGUACAGGCACAACAACUCUGUAACGGCUAUGCAGAAUAUUGUAAUAAACCUUACAACAGUUUAACCUAUUUGUUGACCCACAACAGUUACGGAUAUGUUGCCAACCCAGCAUCAAAUCAGUUAUGCCCAACCAAUACCCAACUGGAUGAUGGUGUGCGAGGAUUAAAGCUGUCUGCCAUCAAGCCUAGUAAUGCCAGUGCCACUAUCACUGCUGAAAGUAUCUCUCUGUGUCAUACAUCAUGUAAUAUAUUAAAUGCCGGUGCAGCCGUGGACACAUUAACCACUAUUACAAACUGGGUUAAAAAUAACCCUAAUGAAGUGAUUACGAUCAUGUGGAAUAAUUUGGGCAGUUUUGAACCCUCUGCUUUUGCCGCUGCUUACAACGCUAGUGGUAUCUUGGACUAUACCUUUGUGCAAACCGAUAACAAUUAUACCUGGCCUACUUUGGGAGAGAUGAUUUCAAGUGGUAAAAGAGUCGUGAAUUUCCUGGAUGAAGGUGCCGACCCUAAUACCUAUCCCUGGCUGAUGCGUGAAUGGGAUUUUGUUUUUGAAACACCCUAUGAUAACCAUAACGAAACACAAUUUAGUUGUGUGAUUGAUCGACCAUCUGAGCCCAACAGUCCUACUGAAUACAUGUAUGUGAUGAAUCACUUUUUAUAUGGUACUCUGACUUUGGGAUCCACCGUGAUUGAAAUCCCUCAAAAGGGCACAGCCAAUGUUACCAACGGCGAGACCUCACUGUUGAAGCAAGCAACAAAUUGUAAACAAACAUUUGGACGUCAACCUAACUUUUUAGAGAUUGAUUUUUACAACAAAGGUACAGCAUUGGCGAUUGCUGCACAGUUGAACAAUGUCACUUAUACUGCCCCUAAUGAACUCCAAUGUGACGUCUAUGUAACAAAUACAGCUAACAGUCAAGGAAGUAGCAGCGCAUCUUCUGCUGAAACAACCGCUAUUCUUUACAAAUCUACUCUCUUAUUAUCUCUGGUCGCAACUACCUUUUUUGCGUUCCUGUAAACAUUUCUUUUUUUGUGUGUCUGUAUUUCUAUAAAUAAAAUAAAUAAAUAACAUUUGAAUUAUAUAUUUCUAUAUAAAA